UUUGCGUCGUGUCCUUCAAAUCUUUCGCCGUCCUCUCUCUCUCUCUCUCUCUCUCUGUUUUCCGCUUCCGUUACUUUCCUCUUAAUUUAAGCGUAUCCUAUCUGCCGUCCUGCACGCUUCUCUCUCUGUGCUGGUCGCCUCGUCCUACGUGAAUCAUGGGCGAUCGCCGCCUCGAUCCGUCCGUCGCCUGAGGAGCGGAUCCUUCGCACGAACAGGGGCCGCAUUGAGGAGCCCAAGCGUGGAUCUUUCUUGAGGGGUUUGGGUUUCUUGGGGGGUUUGGAUUCUUGAAUGGCGAUAGAGGACGCGACCGAGAGUUGCGGCAGCCGGGCGGCGGCGGAUUCGUCCCACACCCACAACCGGCAGCAGCAGCGCCAUAAAAUGGACGUCUACAACGAGGUCCUCCGCCGCCUGAGGGAGGCAGGGCGGCCCGAGGUGCAGUCGCCGUCAUUCGAGGACGGGCUGUGGAACCAUUUCAAUCGCUUGCCGGCUCGGUAUGCCUUGGAUGUAAACGUGGAGAGGGCAGAGGAUGUACUGAUGCAUAAAAACUUGCUGGAACUGGCUCAAGAACCUGACAAUAGGCCCGUAUUUUCUGUUCGCUUGGUGCAGGUUACUCCAGUUCUUGAUGGAAACCAAGCUGAUUCUUCUGAUUCUAAUGCUCCAGAAAUGGGAGAUGCACAGUCUACUUCAACCUACAUCAGGCAAAGUGUUCAUCCUCCUCCUGCCUUUGGUUCAUCGCCUAAUCUCGAGGCUCUUGCUCUUGAAGCCAGCAGGCAACAAUACCAUGAUGGAGAUAGUGUUGCAAAUGCUCCACAAUUCCUGAGGCCAAUGCAUGAAAUUGCCUUUUCCACACAUGACAAGCCAAAGCUUCUAAGUUUGCUGACUUCUUUGCUUGCUGAGCUUGGCCUUAAUAUUCAAGAAGCACAUGCAUUUUCAACAAAUGAUGGUUACUCAUUGGAUGUCUUUGUUGUUGAUGGUUGGCUUUAUGAGGAGACUGAGCGGCUUAGGGACUCGUUGCAGAAGGAACUUCAAAAGAUAGGGAGACAAGCUUGGUCAAAGUCUCAUCCAUGGUCUCCUCAACUUGAAAAUGCACAAACUGGAGAGGGCGCUCUGCCUGACCAUGUCCCAAUACCAACAGACGGGACUGAUGUAUGGGAGAUUGAUUUUCAGCUGCUGAAGUUUGGAUGUAAAGUAGCAUCUGGGUCAUAUGGUGAUCUUUAUCGUGGAACAUAUUGUAGUCAAGAUGUGGCAAUUAAAAUACUGAAGCCUGAGCGUGUAAAUGUUGAUAUGCAGCGAGAAUUUGCUCAGGAAGUCUUUAUCAUGCGGAAGGUUCGCCACAAGAAUGUGGUGCAGUUCAUUGGUGCAUGUACCAAACCUCCUAGUUUAUGUAUUGUUACAGAGUUUAUGUCAGGGGGAAGUGUCUACGACUUCCUUCACAAACAGAAGGGAGUCUUUAAGCUUCCAGCUUUACUACGAGUAGCAAUUGAUGUCUCAAAGGGAAUGAACUACUUGCACCAAAAUAACAUUAUCCACCGGGAUCUGAAGGCUGCCAAUCUUCUGAUGGAUGAGAACGAGGUUGUUAAGGUUGCUGAUUUUGGUGUUGCACGUGUUAAAGCUGAGUCUGGAGUCAUGACUGCUGAAACAGGGACAUAUCGCUGGAUGGCACCUGAGGUGAUAGAACACAAGCCCUAUGAUCACAAAGCUGAUGUUUUUAGCUUUGCAAUUGUAAUGUGGGAGCUGCUUACAGCUAAGCUCCCAUAUGAAUACUUAACACCACUCCAAGCUGCAGUAGGCGUGGUUCAAAAGGGUUUGAGACCUACCAUUCCAAAGAAUACUCAUGCGAAACUUGCUGAGCUGCUGGAGAAGUGUUGGCAGCAAGACCCAGCUGUCAGGCCUGAUUUUUCGGAAAUACUGGAGACACUACAGCUUAUUGCUAAAGAGGUCAGAGAUGAAUCCAAUGAUCGCCGCAAGGAAAAAUCAUCAGGUGGAUUUCUCUCGGUUCUCAGACGUGGCCACUGAAUCUUUUUUGUUCUCCAUGAACCAAAUGCAGUUUAUGAUCUCAUCAUGGGUGAUUUCUGGUCUACCAAUGGCAGAGGUAGUGCUGUAGAACUGUACAGUGUUAAAUUUUGUGACCUGCUUCCUGGCUUUUAUCGAGUUGUAAUUCUUUUACCUUGCAUCACCUUCGUGCCGUUUUUUCCUCUUUUUAGUGCGUCAUCGACGUAGGAUGUAUUGCAUAGGACUGAUUGCAGCCAGUGUGAGAGUUGCUAAUCGUUUGAGCUAACAACUGAUGCUAUGUGUGCUUAAUUUAACUUGAUUUAGCUUGGCCAUUAAAUCUAACCCUUGGUCGAUACAUGUUUAUUUAUUA